AUGGCGAAAGACACUACUGAUCUCGAGGCUGAAAUGCCUUCGGUCGAAGAGGAUCUCUACAAGCUCCUCGGCAUCGAGUCAGACGCGACCCCGGAAGCCAUCAAGACUGCAUACAAGAAGAGUGCACUGAGGAACCAUCCUGACAAAGUGGGCGAAGAUGCCCGCGAGGCAGCCAACGCGAAAUUCCAGAAGAUCGCGCUAGCAUACGGUGUUCUUUCCGACCCUCGCCGACGAGACGUAUACGAUCGAACCGGUAGCACCGAUGAAGCCUUCUCCGAGGAUAGCGAUUUCAACUGGAUGGACUUCUACCGAGAACAGUUCUCGGCGAUGAUCGAUGCGAAGAAGAUUUCGGAGUUCCAGAAAAGCUACCAAAACUCAGAGGAGGAGAAGGACGACUUGCUUUCGUCGUAUAAUACCCACAAGGGUGACAUGGAUGCAAUCUAUCAGACUGUGAUGCUGUCCAAUGUCCUUGAUGAUGAUGAACGGUUCCGUGCGAUCAUCGAUCAGGCGAUUGCCGACGGGGAAGUGAAGGAUUUUAAAGCUUAUUCCCAGGAGUCUGAGAAGAAGAAACAGCAGCGGAUAAAGCAGGCCCAGAAGGAGGCGGCUGAGGCGGCAAAGGAGGAAAAGAAGAUGAAGGCCAAGAAGAAGAAGUCUGGAAAGGCCUCCGAGGGUGUGUCUGAUUUGGAUUCACUCCAGGCAAUCAUCUCCCAGCGCCAAAAAGCCCGUGGCGGAGACUUCCUUUCAAGACUGGAGGAGAAGUAUGCGCAACCCGGGGACAAGCGCCCUGGAGAUGAUGGGCCAUCGGAGGAGGCAUUCGCUGCCGUUGGGGCGCGGCGAACCACCAAGAGCAGAUCGAAGAGGGUCAAGGCUUGA